AUGGUCAUGAAUUUACCGCUACAUUUACCAGUCGAGAUUUACCUACAUUCAACAAGAAUUCAGAGGCAUUAUGAAAUUCCAUCAGAAUCAUAUUGGAACAUGAUGCUAAAUGAGUUGGUUGAUCUAUAUGAGGAAAGACCCAAUGCCUUGGAAUUAUUAAACAUGCAGAAGAAAAGAGUAGAGAAAUCUUACAAUAAGAGGGUUAAAGUUAAGACAUUUUUCCCUGAAGACUUGGUUUGGAAAGUGAUACUUCCAAUGGAUCGAAAGGAUAUGACGUUGGGGAAAUGGUCCCCCAAAUGGGAAGGUCUUUUUCAAAUUUUACAAGUAUUCUCUAAUGGUGCUUAUGAGAUCGAGGAGCUUGAUAAAGAUUAA